AUGGCUGGUCUCCAGUUGGCACCACGACUGCCUGUGGGUGUUAUGCUCUCAUUUAAUACAACGGAAGCUCCAGGCCUCCACUUAGCCAAGCAAGACCCUUAUGAGCAAAGAGACUCUUCACAGCGGUCCUCAGUGGGGCAUCUGAAGAGCAAUGUCCCGCAGAAGCUUUUGAGCGAUGGUGAACUAAUGCUGAAUAAUCUGUAUCCUCACCCCAAUUGGGACACCUUCACAAAAGCCCAGAGCUGCUUCUAUACCUGCGGUGCUGGAGUCAGCCAGCAGGAUCCAGGAACCAAUCCCCCGGGCCAACGAAAGUCUCUGCUUCAUUCUUCAGACCCUCCUCAGUCCUUUCAACCGUGGUACUCCAAAGCAAGUAACCAGGAUGCCAUCCCCUUUACAAAGAAGCGAGUUGGUGUGGACAGGGCAUACCCACUGAAGCCCGUGUUCCACAGAAAGUCUCGUAAUAGCAGUAAGACUGGAGACGAUGGAGACCAGAAUGUCACCCCUGGAGCCGAUGGAGACCAGAAUGUCCACUCAAGACCUGCUGAGCCAAGAGACUUUUCUUACAGCAGCUUUGGUUCACGGGACCGAGUGAAUCCAUCUGUGGUUAGUUCUCUUCUUGCGGCAACGCAGGGACACGGUACCUGGGCAAAGUCCCACAGGACUGAGCACAUGCAGAUCCAAAAACUAGAAGCUGCUGGUGAGAGCUUAGGGGAAGACAUUCGAAGGAAGGAGACACUUCUGAGGGAAAAGCUGAAGAAGACCGAGGAGGAACUCAGGAGAAUUCAGAAGGAAAAGGAACAGGCUGAGGGAAAUGAGAAAAGAGAGCUCCAGAGAAUGACAUUCUCCCCGAAAGAAGUUAAAGAUAACAGUGCUAGCGCUGUGUACAAACCCCUCUCCUCUCCAGAAUUCAGGUCUGAAGAGGCAUUCAGCAGAGACAGGAGAGAGAGCCAAACUUGGGGACAGUCCCAAGAGAGUUCUAGUCUGUUCCAGAUCUCCGAUUAUGGGAUACAGAGGCUCAAAAGGGAAAGACUGGUGGCAAGCAAUAGCAAAAUCAGAGACCGAGCUGCAAGGCCAUCAAUAGAGAGGUAUUCUCAGCCUUCAAAAGCACCAGGUGAUACUUUAUGGGCGUCCGCUGGGCACUCCAGCCUGUCUCGGGCACCAGACUCUUCAGGCUCCUGCUCUUCCCCCGGGGACUCCGAACUAAGGGAGUGCGAUCACUGUGGACGCAAGUUCCUCUUGCCCAGGCUGGAGAGACACUCGAGCGUUUGCAGCAGGAUGCAGGCUUCCAAGAGGAAGGUGUUUGACUCUUCCAGGGCCCGGGCUAAGGGCACUGAACUGGAGCAUUUCCUGAACUGGAAGGGACCAGCCUUGGCCAAGGCUGAACCUCCUCGGAAGAGCACAUGGAGACAGAAGCAUGAAUCUUUCAUCCGCACCCUCCGGCAGGCUCGAGAAAUCCAGCAGGUGAUUGCCAAAGGUGGAAACCUCUCGGACUUGCCCCCCAUCCUGCCUGCAGAAAAUCCAGACUAUAUUCAGUGUUGUCACUGUAGCCGCUAUUUCGCUCCCAGAGUGGCUGAGCGACACAUUCCCAAAUGUAAGACCAUCAAGAACCGCCCUUCACCUCCAAGAAAGCAUUACAGCUGA